UCACGUAUGUAGCAUUUUUGAGUAUAGUAUUCUGGUAAAAUAAACAAAGCCUUCUAGGUUAUGUUUGUGAUUAAGAUUCCCACCGCUAUGAUGGUAGAGUACAUUGGUGUUUGAAUUUAGUAAUUACGUUAUUAUUUUCUUUGUUGAAAUAUUAUUGUGUGAUGUAAAACAUGCCAUACUAUAGAGGUGACGUUUGCAGUGCAAAAAAUUGUUCAAAUAAUAAACAGAAGAGACCAGAUUUGUCAUUCUAUAGGUGUCCUAAAGAGGAAAUAAGGUGCAGGAAAUGGGUGAUUAAUAGUAGACGUGAAGAUUUGCUGAAUAAAGAUGUAGACUAUUUGUAUAAUAAUAUUAGAUUUUGUUCCCUUCAUUUUGAAGAUUCUCAGUUUUCAAAUGCAGAAAAAAAGAAGUUAAAUUGGAAUGCAAUUCCGACAAUGUUUGAUAACUCCAGCAAAUUGGGUCCUGUAGAGAUUGAAACAUUACCCAAGUCACAAAUAGCAUGUUCUCCACGAAGACCUAAACCUAUACUUGAACCUUCAAAUUCUGAAUCAUUAGUAGAACACAGAGCUUUUAUUACGUGUACUGAAACCGUGCUCAACCAAACUUCUUCAUCAAGAGAUGUGAUUGGAACAAAUGUUAAUACUGAAAAUGCUAUGAAUAGUUCUAACACUUUACUUUCUUCAGAUAAUGUGGCUCCAUCUGUAAAUGAGGAAACAGCUUCAAGUUCCAUCAUCAAAGUAGUGAAUAUGUCUAACUCUUCCUUCUCAAAUACACCCACACAGCCUAUAAAAAUAAAACAGGGAAUUGAAGCUUGUAAAUUAAAAAAAGUAAUAGAGAAGUUGAGGUGUUUGUGUAAGAGAAAGAACAAAGAAAUUUAUAAAUUACGAUUGAAAAUUAAGAGCUUAAAAAAUGUUGCAUGUAACCACAAAGUUUUGGGUAAAAACAAAACAAAAUCAAAACUGUAUGCAACUUUGGAUAGAACAACUGUAAAUAAAAUUUUGUCAAAAUAUAUGAAGAAAGAAAGUGUAAAACUUAUUUUAAGUCAGAUUAAAAUACCUACAAAGAGUAAAGAAGGUAAUAGAUGGGAUGAAAAUACAAAAAUAUUUGCUCAGAAAAUGUUUUUUUUGUAGUUCACAAGCGUACAAGUUACUUUGUACAUAUUUUGAAUUGCCAGGGGUACGGACCCUGCAAAGAUUUACAGAAGGAAGAAAUACAAACUGUUCUAAUGAAGAUAACAUGUUGAAUUUAAGAAAACAAUCAAACCAGGAAUAAAAAUUUAAGGACUAAAAUUGUGUGCUUAUCGCAAAUGUUCUAUUACUAUAACAAGUGAAGCAAAUUAUUGAAUACUGCAUAAGCUAUAACAAAAUAUCAAAGCAAUAGGUUUUGAAGAAUCUGUAUAAGAAGAAAAGACAAAUACAAUUUCAAACAGUAGCCCACUGUGAUGAUUAUGUACUGUAUAGUGAUGGAUUAUUUAGCAAUCCAACAAUUCUUAAUUUAAGAUAGUCUAAAUAUAAAUUCAUAACCUCAUUUUACAAGUGAUCAAGAAACAAAAUGCCUUAAAAGUGGAUUAUUACUACACCAAAAUUCAAGUGGUUGUGUGAAGUUGUGACUGAUAUAAUUACAUUUUGUUUGGAAGUUAUAAUAUUUUGAGUUGGAAGAGUCAUGCAUUUUUUUGUCAAUUUGUAGCUUUAGUUUUUCAGUCUAACCGGUUUUUAGAUAUACAUAUAAAAUAUUUUAUCAUUUCUUGUUUAUAGAUGUAUUCUGUGUUUUUUACUGUCUUGUGUGUGCUAAGGAAAGUUCUUUGUAAAUAUUUACUUUAGCCAUUUCACACUAUUUUUCAAUAUUUCGAUUUAAAAUGAGAAAAUAUAUGUAUAGGAAAGUAGUACAAUAUAAAUAAAAGAGAGUAAAUCUUAAAUAAUAACUUAAAUUAUGUCGGAAUUGCCCCUGGCCAUCAUUGGGGGUGGUGCUACUCUGCCAUUCAGGUAAAAAAAAAACAUCUUCAAGAUAGUAACUAAAUUCAAGGUCAGAUCACGUUAGUGCUCGUUUCACUGUACGCAAAGUUCGUUCAACAUGAUCUGACUUAUAAAAGUGGCCUAUACGGGAGCUAAUCAUCCAACACAAGAAUCAAAGUAAUAACAUUUCAAACAUAAUUAAAAUGAAAAAAUAAUAAAGAAAUAAUAAUUAUAGACACUUACAGAUUAUAUUAAAUGAAGAAGAGAAUAUAACUUGGUGGCUGCACUGAAAAAGUUUGAAGCCAGUCCAGCGUAUAUAACAACCAAACAACAUUGUAUCCUUAGCUAGCAGACAAUGCCCGUCAAAUUGUAUACACAAGGAAAACGUGUUUAAAACUUCAUGUCAAACUAAAAACGACAAAAUGUUCACUGAGAACGCAAUCGACUUCAUAGAAAUCCCACUAAAGGUAACAGAAAACUUGAAUGUCUAAUGGCUUCUACAAAAAAAAGUCUUUAUUUUAAAAUGUAUUACACAAAGAAAUCAGAUUGAAACAGGAAAAAGUAACUUUUUUAAUGAGAUGCAAAUUUGUUAUAACAAGAUGCACAUUAGUAGAAAAUAUAGCACAAAUGUCGAGAAAGAGGAAUAAGACCAAGAGUACAGAGAAAAAACAUCACCAUAUUGCUAGAACCUGUUGCAAAUAAUUCACUGACCUCUAAAAUUCCUUGAACUUGUUUUCACCUGAACGUUGUUAUCCCAUUUAACCCCUCCAUCAAUGCCUAUCCAUCCUUAGCUUAUCUCCCCCCACCCAGAAACCCUGAUUCCUCUUGGUCCCCUAGAUUGAUGGACUAUUUGAGAUUUAACCUAAAAUUUCAAACAUGUCAAUUAUUGUGCUAUUAUGGAUCGAGACUGCCUAAAAAUUCUCCCUGGAAAUAAAAACAUAUUGUAAGAAAUUAAAAAAAAGUAUUUCAAGAUCCUCGUAGCUAUGUGGCUAAAGUAAAUUAAAACCAAGUUUUUAUAGAAUCCAGAAAGAUCUAAAGUUUUUUUCUUAUUUUCUUUUGCAACCAAAUAUUAUAGACAAAUAACUAGUUAUUAUUAUUUUUCUCUUUAUAAGACAAAUUUCUUUUCUUUUAUAAUAUAGGUUAACUAAGUAAACUCUUCAUUUAGUCCUGCAAAUAACCACAUGUAUUAAAUAUAUUUUGAGUAAAACCAACUUCCUGGAAGCUGUUUAAAUAAAACCGUUGCUAAUCUCACAAAAUAACAGAAGAAUUAUCAUGUGCCCUAUGCCUGCAAUCAAGUUAGAAAAAAAUUUAAUGAUAUAGUGCCUUUAUUAAAGAGGUUUUUAUAAAUAAGCGUUUUAAAUCUUUUGUUAUAAAAUAUUUGUAUUUCUAAGAUAAUUAAUUAUUUUUUAGAAAAUGUGUACUAAACAAAUAUAAAUAUAUGUUACUUUUUAUGUAAAAUUUUCUUUUAAAAUUUUCUGAUAAAAUAAUCUGAUUUUAUAUAUUUGGUGUGUGCUAUUUUUAUGUAAAGUUAAUAUACUUAUUAUGAUUCACUAUGUAUUUGGCAUACUAAAUGUGUUGCUACUUUUAUGUUUUUGCUGUAAAAAUCUGCCUUAUUAUUUUUAUUUACAAUAAUAAGUACUAGCACUGUA